GAGGGGAAACUUCGGCGUGAAGUGCAGCUCCGCUCCGGCUCGCCCCAGCCUGCUCUCCUUCCCCGGAGCCGGCGCCGCGGACCUCCCGCGCCCAGCGCCCUAGUUUUGCAUUCGGGAGCUCGCCGGUGCCCUCUAGGAGCGCCGGCUCGUGCCGGGAGGUGCCCUCCGGCCCGGUGAUGGGGGGCGGCGAGGCCCCGUAGGAGCGGCGAGGCGGCGCCCAGGGUGGCACUGCCCCGGGCCCGGGCGGCGGGUGCGCGCGGGCGGGUCCCCGCGCCGGCUCGGCCGCUGCAGCAGCUGCGAGCGCGCCACGCCACGCCACGCCGCCAAGCCUCCCGCUGCCAUGGCUCGCCCCUGAGACGCCCGCCGGCCCCGCUCCUCUCGGAGCGCCUGCAUCCUUCGUCGGGGCUGCUCAGCCGUCCCGGGUGAAAAUGGCUGUCUAGCCUAAAAUGUGCCGGAAGCGAGCGAGCGGUGGAUAUCCAGCCUGCUAAGCCCAACUCUUCAGCCCCGAGCCCUGCAGGAGGAAGAGCCCGGCUCUGAAAAGUGCAUCAUGAAUUCUGGAGUUGCCAUGAAAUAUGGAAACGACUCCUCGGCCGAGCUGAGUGAGCUCCAUUCGGCAGCCCUGGCAUCACUAAAGGGAGAUAUAGUGGAGCUUAAUAAACGUCUGCAGCAAACAGAACGGGAGCGAGACCUUCUGGAAAAGAAAUUGGCCAAGGCACAGUGUGAGCAGUCCCACCUCAUGAGAGAGCAUGAGGACGUCCAGGAGCGAACGACCCUGCGGUAUGAGGAGCGCAUCACAGAGCUACACAGUGUCAUUGCAGAGCUCAACAAGAAGAUAGACCGUCUGCAGGGCGCCACCAUCAGGGAGGAAGAUGAGUACUCAGAACUUCGAUCAGAACUCAGCCAGAGUCAACAUGAGGUCAAUGAGGAUUCUCGGAGCAUGGACCAAGACCAGACUUCUGUUUCCAUCCCCGAAAACCAGUCCACCAUGGUCACUGCUGACAUGGAUACCUGCAGUGACCUGAACUCAGAACUGCAGAGGGUGCUGACGGGACUGGAGAAUGUCGUCUGCGGCAGGAAGAAGAGCAGCUGCAGCCUCUCCGUGGCCGAGGUGGACAGGCACAUCGAGCAGCUCACCACGGCCAGCGAGCACUGCGACUUGGCUAUUAAGACAGUUGAAGAGAUCGAGGGGGUGCUUGGCCGGGACCUUUACCCCAACCUGGCUGAAGAGAGGUCUCGGUGGGAGAAGGAGCUAGCCGGGCUGAGGGAAGAGAAUGAGAGCUUGACCGCCAUGCUGUGCAGCAAAGAGGAGGAGCUGAACCGGACCAAGGCCACCAUGAAUGCCAUCCGGGAGGAGCGGGACCGGCUCCGGAGGCGGGUCCGAGAGCUGCAAACUCGACUACAGAGCGUGCAGGCCACAGGUCCCUCCAGCCCUGGCCGCCUGACCUCCACCAACCGCCCGAUUAACCCCAGCACUGGAGAACUGAGCACCAGCAGCAGCAGUAAUGACAUUCCCAUCGCCAAGAUUGCUGAGAGGGUGAAGCUAUCAAAGACGAGGUCCGAAUCCUCAUCGUCUGAUCGGCCAGUCCUGGGCUCAGAAAUCAGUAGCAUAGGGGUGUCCAGCAGCGUGGCGGAACACCUGGCCCACUCACUUCAGGACUGCUCCAACAUCCAAGAGAUUUUCCAGACACUCUACUCACAUGGAUCUGCCAUCUCUGAAAGCAAGAUCAGAGAGUUUGAGGUGGAGACAGAACGACUGAAUAGCCGUAUUGAACACCUCAAGUCCCAAAAUGACCUCCUGACCAUUACGCUGGAGGAAUGUAAAAGCAACGCCGAACGCAUGAGCAUGCUUGUGGGAAAAUACGAAUCCAACGCCACCGCGCUGAGGUUGGCCUUGCAGUACAGCGAGCAGUGCAUAGAAGCCUACGAACUCCUUCUGGCGCUGGCCGAGAGCGAGCAGAGCCUCAUUCUGGGCCAAUUCCGAGCAGCCGGAGUGGGGUCCUCCCCUGGAGACCAGUCAGGGGAUGAAAACAUCACUCAGAUGCUCAAGCGAGCUCAUGACUGCCGGAAGACGGCCGAGAACGCUGCCAAGGCCCUGCUCAUGAAGUUGGACGGCAGCUGCGGGGGAGCCUUUGCCGUGACUGGCUGCAGCGUGCAGCCCUGGGAAAGCCUCUCCUCCAACAGCCACACCAGCACAACCAGCUCCACAGCCAGCAGCUGUGACACCGAGUUCACUAAAGAAGAUGAACAGAGGCUGAAAGAUUAUAUCCAGCAGCUCAAGAACGACAGGGCUGCAGUCAAGCUGACCAUGUUAGAGCUGGAGAGCAUCCACAUUGACCCUCUCAGCUACGACGUCAAGCCCCGGGGAGACAGCCAGAGGCUGGAUCUGGAAAAUGCCGUGCUGAUGCAGGAGCUCAUGGCCAUGAAGGAGGAGAUGGCCGAACUGAAGGCCCAGCUCUACCUCCUGGAGAAAGAGAAGAAAGCCCUGGAGCUGAAGCUGAGCACACGGGAGGCCCAGGAGCAGGCCUACCUGGUGCACAUCGAGCACCUCAAGUCCGAGGUGGAGGAGCAGAAGGAGCAACGGAUGCGGUCCCUCAGUUCCACCAGCAGUGGUGGUGGCAAAGACAAACCUGGCAAGGAGGGUGCUGAUGCUGCCUCCCCGGCUCUGUCCCUCGCUGAGCUCAGGACAACGUACAGCGAGAGUGAGCUGGCUGCAGAGUUCGCCAACGCCAUCCGUCGAGAGAAGAAGCUGAAGGCCAGAGUUCAAGAGCUGGUGAGUGCCUUGGAAAGACUCACCAAAAGCAGUGAAAUCCGCCAUCAGCAGUCUGCGGAGUUUGUUAAUGACCUGAAGCGGGCCAACAGCAACCUGGUGGCUGCCUAUGAGAAAGCAAAGAAGAAGCAUCAAAACAAGCUGAAGAAGCUGGAGUCGCAGAUGAUGGCCAUGGUGGAGAGACACGAGACCCAAGUGAGGAUGCUCAAGCAGAGGAUAGCCCUGCUGGAGGAGGAGAACUCCAGGCCACACACCAAUGAGACUUCGCUGUAACUGGCACACUGGCAGCGAAGUGCCACCCGUGGGAGCUAAGCCACAGCGGAGAUGGGCCCCCGGGGACAGCAUCUGCUGGGAGGAGGAAGGGGAAGGUGGGCAGGUAGGUCAGCACUUGGGCAGCCCUGACUCAGCCCUUGGGGGAGUGGCCCUGGAGACACCGUGUGGACUGUAUCCAGGGGGGCUCCUACUCCUGUCUCCCAGGCUCACGACAGUGUCACGCAUGCUCUGAGUGCCUGUUGCUUCUGCCCCAGCCUCGCUUUCUGUCUCCCUUCUCUUCUGGUCUGGAGGCUGUGUGUCAAUGCAUUCCAGGCACCUGUUUUUAUAAGAUUUUCCAUUCUGUCCUC